AUGAGGGAACCUCACACCUCCUCCUCCUCCUCCUCCACCACCUCCAGCAUCCUCCAUCUCCGCCUGGCCUCCAAGAGCUCUCUGCCCGUCCUCCUGGCUCUACUCUGGGCUACCACACUGCUGCCACCGGCCCUGGGAGCGGUGGUGGAGGACUUCAACCACGCCGAGCGGUGCAAGGACGCGUUGUACAUGGGCACGGCGCCGCGUGGGUACCUGAACAAGGCGGACCUGAAGAAGAUCUGCCAACGCUACGAGGACAAGCCGCGCUACGUCACGCUGUACGACACCCAGAGACACAUCCCCAUGUACUCCGCAUACACCUUCAAGAAGACAGACGGGGAGAAGACCGUGGACAUGCCGUGGAUGUUUGAACCACAGCUGUCUUCCCGGAUGGGUGGCAGCAACAUGGAGGCUUUCCCCCAGUCCGUGCGGAUGCACAAGAACUUCGAGGACACGCAGGCCGUGCUGGAGGACUACUCAGACGUCGUGCAGUACGAGAGGGUCCUACUCAAUCCCGACGAGCAUCAGGGUGACCCAGAGGACAAGUCAGCGACCUACACGCUCACCAAUGUGGUGCCUCAACUGCGGGAGUUCAGCACGGGCCCCUGGGCCAAACACAAGGAAACCCUGCGGCGGCGUCUCAACAACUACUGCCGCGGCACGGCCUAUAUGAUCACCGGGGUGACGACCUCAGGUCACAUGAUCCGCCGUGACAACCUGGACCGUGUGGCGGUGCCGGAACGCGUGUGGACAGCCUACUGUUGCCCGGACUACGACCGCAACGCGCCCUACGCAGAGCGCUACAAGUUCCCCGUCUACGCCGCCUUUGGCCUCAACGACCGCGUCAAUAACCACAUGCAGGAGCUGACCGUGAACGACCUGCAGCGGCUCCUCAAGAACCACAUGGACGUGGACAAGAACUUCCAGAUCUUCUACAACGACUGCGUGCCAGAGUCUUAGUGGUUCACACAGUGGAAAAAACAAACAAAUGAAAUUGAAAAUCAAAAACAAAAAAACAAAUGAGAAGUUCCUCAAAUCAGUGCAAUCAGACUAACGUUUUGACAUGCACCUUCAUCAGAGACUCAUAUUGAAAUGUUAGUCUGAUUGCACUGAUAAAAUAAAUGCAGAAAAUGUA